AUGGAACAAAUCGAGCUCGAGGCUAAAUAUGUCGUCCAUAAUCACCUCAAGGAUGGCCUUAUUGAUCUCAUUGCUGGAACGAUUGGAGGUAUAGCGAAUGUAUAUAGCGCACAGCCAUUGGAUACGGUUAAAGUCAAAAUGCAAACGUUUCCGACUCUUUAUAAAAGUGCGAUCAGGUGUUUUAGUGAUACAUUUCGACUGGACGGUAUCAGAGGAUUGUAUGCAGGUACAGCACCUGCUGUAGUGGCAAAUGUUGCUGAAAACGCUGUACUGUUCACUGCUUACGAACUCAAACUCUCGAUAAUCACAGCCUAUGCUGCCAAUACGAUUCAGGUGGUUGCUUUAAUAACUGGACGAUCAGAUGUGAAAGAUAUGAACCCAAUUGAGAACGCAUGCGCAGGAUCGUUAGCGUCCAUAUUUGCAGCAUUGUAUUAUAUUNUCUAUCGUACUCAAGGACUGCGUUCGUUUUUCAUCGGAAUGACCCCAACACUAGCUCGUGAAAUACCUGGAUAUUCGAUAUUUUUCGGUGCCUACGAGGCAUGUCGAUACUUUUUAAGACCCCCUGGCAAAACAAAAGAUGAAAUUGGUGUUUUGCGCACGGCGAUUUCUGGAAGUAUUGGAGGUAUGGCGUUAUGGGCGGCUGUAUAUCCAGCAGAUGUUGUGAAAUCUCGAAUGCAAGUCACUGGUACGGGCCGAUUUUCGAAGAUGUUCUUCUCGAUUCUUAAAACCGAAGGUUUGUUUAGUUGA